AAUAGCCAGAAUUGCUUAAGCAGCUCAUUUUGGCACGCUAAAGAUCGCUGCUCUAAUUCGCCUUUUGCAGUAGAUAAACAGCAUCAAAGUUCCAGACAGGACUUUCAAAAAGCUGUUAAGCAGCUUCGUGUCAUGGAUUUGCAAGAAAAUUUGCCUUAGCGUUUUGUUGUCAAGUAAGACUACAUAACCUCAAAAAAAAAGGCGCGCUAUCACACUUGUCAGGCAUGGAUUGUGUGAAUGUGUUGGUGUGUUGGGUUGAUGUGAGCUUUCUUCUGAUAUUCAUUGUAUGUAUGUGCUGUAUAUGCUUAAUGUGUUAAGUUAGUUUGAUGUGUGUGUUAUAGUUAUAGUUAGAAUUUAGUGUUAUUUGUCUUUAUUAGUGAGUUUUGAACAGUCGACCUCCGUGUCUAUGUCAUUUCCCUUUCCUAUGUUAGCUAUUUGCCCUGAUGUCUCGAUGUAACAUCAAAUAGCUAUAAAAAUAAAUUCACCCAUCCGAAAUCAUCACAACAUUGCAACCACAUAGACAAACUGCAGAUAUUCGCUGAGUCUCAGAAAUUCCUGGAACAAAACCAACAAUGUAUUUCCAAACGACAACCCGUACCAUUCCGGCAGAACACACAGGGCAGAAAGGCAGCAGAAAAUCUACGGCAUACGUAUCUAUUUCCAUCAUCAUAAAUAUAGUCUGGAAAAUGCCUUUUAACAUCGUUGAAACUGUAGAUGGUAGAGGCCACAAGGAGCUGUUGGCCGUCCCUGAAACAUGGAUUCAAGGAACAAGCAAAGGGAUAAAUUACCUUAUGUGGCCAAACGUCCGGCGAGCCGAUAGUUUAAACGCGCUUUUACUAGAUGAUUCAAGCAUGCCUUCUAAUUCAUGGGAGAGAAUAAUGUGCAAGAUAAAACGUACAGGACUGGAAACAAUCGCACAAGCUAAUCGCAUUAUACAGGAUAUGUGUUUGGUUUCAUCAACGGAUUGUAGUGUUGUGCACGAAGAAAAGUUAUGCAAACCUAAAAAGACGAAGCAACAUGCUUUCAAACCAGACAACAGAUUUCAACAAAUGUUAGUUGAGGAACAGCCAAAAGAAGAGAGUAACGAGGCCAUAGAAUGCUUGAAUGAAGACAAUUCAAUAGAAUUUGAGGAAGAGGAAUAUUUGGAAAAGGAUGAAACUAGCAGUGAAGUUGACCAACUUAAACUACACGAUUCGGAACCUGCAAAUCUCAGUACGAAUGAUCGCCUGGAUAGAUUAGAAAAUACUUUGUUUAUUGUAUUAUCAAAAUUAAAUAUUCUUGCAGACAAAACAGUGAUUACCACACCUGAACUUUCUCCUAGUAUUGACGAACGAUUGGAAAAAUUAGAAAGAGCAAUGUCUACAGUUUUGGCGAAAUUGGAUAUUCUUCUAGAUAAAACAGUUAUUCCGGUAUCCAUGCGUCGCAAGAGAAAUGACAUAGGAUUUCAAGUGGUCAGUAGCAUAGAAGAGCUGUCAAUUUUAGAAUCAAACUUGGCCCAACCAGAUUAUUUCAAUGAAGUUUCGUCAUGGUUAGAACAUAACAUAUGGGAAAUCACCCCCGAAAAUAGGAUGAUAGAAAUUUUGGAUCUAAUUUUUUCAAAAAAAUUUUUGACCCUCUGUAGUUGGACCGGCAUAGGUAAGGGAAAAGAAAAAGUUCCUAUGAUGACACAUAAAAAUAUUCUUGAAUUAUUUAGACUUCAUGGCAGCACAGAAGAGGCUGUGGUCACCGAUAAAGUUUUGGCUCGUUUUUUUAUGAAAAAGCUCAAAAAUGCAACAAAACGAGCUUAUUCGAAGGGAUUGCGAAAAAGUACACAGCACAAGUUCGAAUCUGUUUGAAUUCAUUGUUUUGUUGUAUAAAAAUAAACUAUGUGAAUUUAUUAUUUCAAUGUAUGAAUUAAAGGAAUAAAAACAUAAAGAUCGGGUGUCCUGGUUUGUACUGCAA